CCUUGCUGUAGAAAAAAAAACGAACGUGACGUGUGUGUGUGUCCCAUAUCCGAAAUAUAAUCUUAAUAUCUCGAAAUAAUACAUCAUGUUUUAAAUAUUUGUAUCCAUUAGAAACUAAUGAGGCAAACAAAUAGAGAACAAUAGCUAAAUGACAGUUCCGUGUUUCUGGGGGGACAUAUUAGGCGGUGACACCUCAAGAUCACGCACAGAAUGGCCCUGUCCAGUGCAGGUCGGCACAUUUUAAGGAUCGCACGAUUACAGUCCUGCAGUGCUGCAGCUGUACGCAGCGUCCAUGGGUUUAAUGAUGUGGAAAUUAAAGAAAUGAAAGAGAAAUUUUCGGCUUUCCCCGGAGGGUCCAUUGAUCUAGUUAAGGAGGACAAGUCUGGGAUUGCAGUGAUGACUCUCAACAAUCCUGGUCGCGUAAAUGCCUUUUCAGGGACCAUGAUGUUGGAGCUGGAGGAGAGAGUGGCGGAGUUGGAGGGAUGGACGAAGGGCAAAGGGCUCAUUGUCAAGGGGGCUGGUCAGAACUUCUGUUCAGGGAAUGACCUCAACAAAAUCAAGGCCAUGAUAGACCCACAGGAUGGCAUGAAGGUGUGUAUGUUCAUGCAGAAUGCCUUGACAAGAUUGAACAGACUGCCCCUCAUCUCUGUUGCCCUGGUGGAAGGCAAAGCGUUAGGAGGAGGGGCGGAACUCACCGUGGCUUGCGAUUUCAGACUGAUGGCGCCAGGCAGUGUGAUCCAGUUCAUGCACAAGUUCAUAGGUCUGGUUCCAGGAUGGGGUGGUGCGGCCCGUCUGGUGCACAUCGUGGGCCGACAGACCGCCUUGAAGCUGCUGGCUAGCGCCAAGGCAGUGGAUCCAGACUACGGAAUGCACAUCGGGCUUGCCGACGGCCUCGUAAACUCCACCGAUGCCGCUGGAGCCCUGGCCGAAGCGGGGCAGUGGUUGGCCCGGUACACCAAGGUCCCUGCACCGGUCAACAGAGCUGUCAAGCAGGUGGUGGUGUCAGGCUCAGAUCUCCCCCUAGAGGACGCUCUGAAGGCUGAGAAGGACGUCUUUGGGACGGUGUGGGGUGCGCCGGCCAACCUGGCAGCUCUGUACGCCAAGAUGUAUGGACAGGGGCAUAGGUAAUCAUAGGCCACCAUAGGUCAUCAUAGGCCACCAGAGGGCAUGGGCCACCAAGCCUAAACACAAGUGACCUUAUGGACAUGGGGAUGGCUUGUGACUUUGCGUGAGCUCCACGGAACAAUGACGACUGCAUGUAAACAUCGGACUCUUAUGUUUGUUUCUCUCAUUGGACUUUGUGUGCGUUUUUUUUCCCCCUGAAUUAUUUUUUUAUUUUAUAAUGCCUCUUAAUGUGCUGAACAAUAAAUCAACAAAAACAG